AUGGAACCCAACUCCCGAACCUCAGACUCAGAGCUAACCCUGAGCCCCAACCCUGAGACCCGACCCCGGACCCUCAACCUCGGAGCCCCUGACCCAGACCCGACCGUGGAGCCCCAAGCCCCAGACCCAGAACUGGGCCUGAUACUUGCCCUGGAGGUGACCCCGACCCCCGAAACAGGCCUUGGACCUGGACCCGGAGCUAACCCCGAGCCCCAACCUCGGACCCUCGACCCUGGAGCCCCCACCCUGGAGCUGACCCCGUGCCCCUGGCCUCUGGAACUGAUCCCAGACCCAGAGCUAAGCCCGAGCCCCAACCCCAAGCCCCAAUCCCAAGCCCUCAACCCCGGAGAGCCUCGAUCCUGUGCAACAGACCUGGAGGUGACCCCAAACCCUGACCCCGAGCCCCAACCGCAAGCCCCUGACCUCAAACCCGGAGCUGACCCCGGACCUACGACACCAGAGCCGACCCCGGACCUGACCCUGACCCCCCCAUCCCAGAGCAAACCCAGUGCCCCGGACCCUAGAGCUGACCUUGACACUGGAGCUGACCCUGGCAAAAUGACCCCGGAACAGACCACAACCCCCGACCCCCGGAAUAGACCCUGGAGUGGAGCUAACCCCAAGACCCAGCCCCGGACCCUCAACCCUGAACCAUCUACCCCGGAGCCCCCACCCCAGACCCUACUCCGGAGCCCCCGACCCGGACUUGAUCCCAGAGCCCCAGACCCGAGCCCCAGCCCCAAGCCCAAGCACUGGACCCUCGACCCCGGAGUCCUCACCCCAGAGCUGACCCCGAGCCCCACCCCAGAGCCGACCUCAAGCUCCCUACCCCAGGAACAGAUCCCGGACCUGGAGCUAAGCCAGAGCCACAACCACGAGCCCCAGCCCCGAGCCCUUGACCCGGGACCCUCAACACUGGACCCAUGA